AUGACAGACUUCGACAAAAGUAUGACAGACUAUGACAAAAGUAUGACAGACUAUGACAAAAGUAUGACAGACUACGACAAAAGUAUGACAGACUAUGACAAAAGUGUGACAAAAAAGUCAACAGAUGACGAUGUUGACACAUCGGAUGUCGACGUUGAUACAUCGGGUGUCGUGGUUGAUACAUCGGGUGUCGAUGUUGAUACAUCAGAUGACGAUGUUGAUACAUCGGAUGCCAACGUUGAUACAUCGGAUGUUGUGGUUGAUACAUCGGGUGUCGUGGUUGAUACAUCGGGUGUCGGUGUUGAUACAUCGGAUGCCAACGUUGAUACAUCGGGUGUCGUGGUUGAUACAUCGGAUGUCGUGGUUGAUACAUCGGGUGUCGAUGUUGAUACAUUGGAUGUCGACGUUGAUACAUCGUAUGCCAACGUUGAUACAUCGGGUGUCGUGGUUGAUACAUCGGAUGUCGAUGUUGAUACAUCGGAUGUCGAUGUUGUUUCCCUAUUCAUCUGUCACCUUAUAGAUCGUGACUGA